GAAGGUGGUUAUUUAGGAAUAGGGAUAGAGAGGCAACGCAUCAUUAGUUUAUGUUUUUCCUGUCAUAAUGUCAUAUAUUAUAUAAAUGAGAGGCUUAUUAACUUACUUGCAUGAGGUUGAUUUGCAGCUGUCGGUGGUGUGAAGUGGGCCACUCUUUCAAACAAUACCUUCCUCCCAACUCCAGCCUGUACUCUCACUUAAACAUCGAUCUUCUUCCCCCUACAAUCCCCCUUCUACGCACAUCAUCCACCGUCCAUUCACCACUAACUUGCUCGAUCAUUAAUCCUGACACGUGCGACGCUAUAACUUCACACGAACCCGAAAAAGACAGCUCGUCUAACACAACACAGAUUCCCCCAUUAGUAGUCUUCUUCUUCCUCUGGUUCUUUAGUCUCUCAUCAAUUCAUUCAUUCUUCAAAAGAAUACUCCAAAAUCAGUCAAAACCCUAAUACCAAUUUGAUCCGACAGUUCUUCAAUCUCAUCUUCCUCGCCUGUUAAGGGAGAAAAUGGGGAUCAAACGGGGAGUUUUUGUGAUACUUGGGCUACUAAUGAUGGCCAAUCUGGCUAUGGCGGCCGAUGGAGACGAUGAAAAGAUUCUGACGAAAACGGUGAAAGGGAAGAAGCUUUGCACGCAAGGUUGGGAGUGUCGGGUGUGGUCAACUUAUUGUUGUAAUGAGACCAUUUCAAAGAUUUUCCAGGUUUACCAGUUUGAAGAUCUUUUCUCAAAGAGGAACACGCCGGUGGCUAAAGCCGUCGGAUUCUGGGACUACCAGUCCUUCAUUAUCGCCACCACGCUCUUCCAGCACCUCGGGUUCGGGACCACCGGCGGGAAACUUAUGCAGAUGAAAGAGAUUGCGGCUUUCCUUGGCCAUGUCGGCGCCAAAACAUCUUGCGGUUAUGGAGUUGCCACAGGAGGACCAUUGGCCUGGGGUCUUUGCUAUAACAGAGAAAUGAGUCCUAUGCAGUCAUACUGUGACGAUUACUACAAACUUACUUACCCCUGCUCCCCUGGUGCCGAUUACUACGGUCGUGGAGCUUUGCCCAUCUACUGGAACUACAACUAUGGUGCAGCUGGAGAUGCAUUGAAGGUUAAUCUGUUGGAGCAUCCUGAAUACAUAGAGCAGAAUGCUACCCUUGCCUUCCAGGCUGCAAUCUGGAGGUGGAUGACACCAAUCAAAAAGUCACAGCCAUCUGCCCAUGAUGUUUUUGUUGGUAACUGGAAGCCCACCAAGAAUGAUACUUUGUCCAAACGAACUCCUGGAUUUGGUGCAACAAUGAAUCUUCUUUACGGAGAUUCAAUUUGUGGCAAGGGUGACAUUGAUGAGAUGAACGUCAUCAUUUCCCAUUACCAAUACUACCUUGACCUGCUUGGUGUGAGUCGAGAACAGGCUGGACCACACGAAAUGCUAACCUGUGCUGAACAGGAACCCUUUAACCCACCCACUCCUGCUGUUCCUGCUCAGUCAUCCUCUUAAACUCUCAUCUCUCUAUCUAGUUGUUAGAUAGCCUGUUUUGUCCUAAAAAAAAUUAUAGGUUCAAUUACUCUCCAAAGGUGAAACAUCAAUAAGAGGUGGUCUAGUGAGAUGCUUCCAUGCUCAGACAUUCUCUACUUUCACAGCUAAACUACCCAGUUAAUGUAUAAGGUGUUGUUCAAUUUGUUGUUUCUGUGUAGAUUUGAUAUUCAUUUGUCUCAAAACAUCCCAAGGGUACUGUGUGGUUGGUUAAUUUGAUAUAUGUAAUACCGUUUUGCUCGUGUAUUCUGUUGGAGUUGCAGACUUGUAAAGUUGAUACAUAAUGUACCUUUUAUUGGUACGCAAUUAUUUAUAUGCAUAUUUUUAUACA